AUGGAUAAAUUGCCAAGAUAAAUCAAUGAAAUGAAUAUAGAUUCUAAAACUUUGAAUUCUCAAAUAAGAUCAACAAAUACAAAAUAAAUUCUUAAUUUCUUUUCAUCAUAAGAAUUUACCCCAGAAUUAUUGAUAUAUUAUUAUAUGGCAACAUUUAACGAACCAGGUCCUCAUUAAUAUUUAACACAAAAAUUAUUAUAGAUGCCUCAUACAUUCAUUGAAAAUUUUAUUCCUUAAUUCAGGUAAUUGAUGAUUUUAAGUGUUUUUAGUUACUUAGCGAUUAAAAAAGGAAGUAAAAGCAUGGAAACAUUUUUGGAAACCUUAUGUUAAACAAGUAUAGCAAAUUUCCUUAAAAUCAGCUGGUGUAUUAAUGCUUAUUCUGAAAAUGAAAAGUAGAAUGAGAUUACUUGUUAACAAAUCGAAUUCUUUUAAAGAGUAACAAAUUAUAGUUGAUAUUCUUUAUAGAAACUAGAAAAAUCAAUGGUAAAUGGAGCUAUUAAAUAUAGUAAGGAAGAAAUACUAAAAAACAUGAAUAAUGUAGAAUUUCAAAUAUGUAUUUAUAAAUAAAAAUAAAAUUUAUAGAAUUGUAAAACUAAUUCUCAGAAAAAGAAUUGAGAUCCAGUUAUAUUGGAUUAGUAGAAAAGUUAGUAAUGAAUUUGAUCAAGUUAUCUUUAACUCUAAAAUUAAUUGACCCUUCUGAAAGGAAACAAUUUCUAUUUAAAGAAAUUAAAAAUACAAAUAAAGCAUUAAAAAGAUUAAGAAACUAAUAUUCUGAAAUACCAUAUUAUUGGGGAACAAUGCUACCUUUUUAAAGAAAAUAUGAAGGUUAAGACCCAUCAAAUCUAAUUGUUAGGAUUUGUGAAGAAGGUUAUGCAUGUUUCAAUACAAAAACUAGAGUUCCUUAUAGAAUUUUAGUUGAAACAAUAAGUGAAGAAGAAAUUAAAUAGAAAUAAACAAGAUUAAGCUAAGAUGUUUCUACAGAUGUAGAUUAGGAUGAUUUAUUACAUAGAGAAAUAUCAGAUGAUCUAGAAUCUCAAUUAAGAUAUCAUACUAAAUGUAAAAUGGAGGAUUCUAUUUUCAACUAACUUCCAUAUUAUAAAUAUGAUAAAUCAACUAAUUAUGAAGAUAGCUUACCAGAUUCUCCAAACAAACUUGAAUAGAAUCUUAUUUAAAAAUCUUCAUUUACUACCCCAAAGAUUAAAAGAAGAAAUUCUUGGUCAAGUUCUACUACUAUAACUGAUUUUUCUGUUACAUUGAGUGAAGCAAAACAAAGUAAAGAAUGUGAUGAUUUAAAGAGACAUUAAAGAUAAAGAACAUCUAUAAAUUUACCUACUCCAUCAAAAAAUAAUUAAUUAUUAAAAGAAAUAAAUUUAAAGGAAGAAGAAUAUUUAUUAGAGUAAGAAAAAAAAAGUAAGGAAAGAAAGAAAAUUCUUGUAAAAAUGUAAGGACCAUGGGGAGAAGAUUGGGAUCAUAAAUUAGAAUUGAUUAAAGAGUAAUCCCCUUUUAAAGAUUUUGAAUCAUAUUAAAUUAGAGCCAUUAUGGUUAAAGGAGGAGAUGAUUUAAGACAAGAACUUAUGGCUAUGCAAGUAAUACAAAAAUUGGACUCAAUAUUUAAAGCUAGUGGAUUAAAUUUGUAUUUAAAGCCAUAUGAGAUAAUUGUAACAUCUGAAAAUUCUGGACUCUUAGAAUUUGUUCCAAAUACUAUUUCUAUGGAUGCUAUGAAAAAAUAUUUGAAAUCUAACAAGUUUAAGUCUUUGAGAGAAUUUUUUAAAUUCUAUUUUGGAGAGGACUUUCAUUUUGCUUAGAGAAACUUUAUUGAAAGCUUAGCAGGCUAUUCAUUAUUAACAUAUAUUAUGUAAAUAAAGGAUAGACAUAAUGGAAAUAUAUUAAUUGAUAAUUAAGGUCACUUAAUUCAUAUAGAUUUUGGAUUUAUUUUGUCCAUUUCUCCAGGAAAUGCAGGUUUUGAAACAGCUCCUUUUAAAAUGACAUAAGAUUAUAUUGAAUUAAUGGAUGGAAGUAGUUCUAAAGCAUUUCAAUAUUUUACAGAAUUAAUGAUUUCUGGAUUCUUAGAAUUAAGAAAGAGCUGUGCUGCAUUAUUAUAGAUUAUUGAAUUGAUGAUGGAAAAAAGCAAUUUUCAUUGUUUUUCUAACUUUGAUAUUAAAGAAUUUAAGGAUAGAUUCAAAUUACAAGAUAGUGUUGAAAAAGUAUAUAUAUAUAUUUAUAUUUUUAGUGUAAAAAGAAUAUUAUAACAUUGAUUAAUGACAGCCUCAAUAAUAAGAGAACAUAUUGUUAUGAUAAGUUCCAGUAACUUACAAAUGGAAUUAGUCCAUGA